AUUCUAUUCCCUUGUUGUUUAUGAAUACCUAUUUUAGCAAGUGAGAAAUUGGCACACUUUUCAGCAGAAACAGUGAAAAUUAUACGAAAUGUGGCGGAAAAGAAGCAUCUCUUUUACUUCUUUCUGUUAGUAAUCUUAACUGCUACCUAUAACUAUAGUAUGCACAAAAUUUAGAUAGAAAUGUUUGGGUUUUUUAAAUUGACUGUGUUCCUCUAAAGUGAAACUUGGGUGCUUUUUAAACGUUGGGCUUGUCAGCCUUGCUCUAGUUGCUUUAUGAAGCUGAUUUCAACACCAAUCCUUUCCCCAAAUUGAACUGAAAUUUUUUUUAAGCUAGCAGCUUUCACGUAUCCUCACUAAAGAAGAUGGGACAGGUUAUUCAGAGAAGAUAAAAACAAUUGCCCAUAAUUUAAUAUUACAGAUGUUCUAGAGCAAUUAUGCAGUUGAUGUAUUUAAGGACAUUGUACUUAAACAUACUGGACCUUUCACUGUUUCAGAACAGAGCAAACAAAUUUUGGCCUUCUAUAGUGUCUGUACUGAAGGCAUGUAAGCUGGCUUGAAAGUUCUGUACAGCAUAUAUAGCCAAUUCUUGCUACCUCUGACAUCAGUUGCAAAACUCCCAUUGCCUUCAAAGGGAGAAGGUUUAAAUUUGUGACUAAGACCCUGAUUCAGCAAGGUACUAAAGCAGGUGCUUAACUAACUUUAAGCAUGUGACUACAGUAGUCCCAUUGGCUUUAGUUUUAAGUUAGUUUGGUAUAUGCGGGCAGUUAAAGGCUCUCUAGCUUAUCUAACGUUUAAAUUGCAGCCCAACUCUUUAGUGGGGAGUAUAGUUUACACAUCUCUGGCUGUAGGUAGCUGUGGGAAGCCAGAAGUGUGCCUUAAAGGCUUAAGCAAAGGCUUUUUUCAUAUGACCCUAUUCCCUUCUAAAUUUUUCAGCAGUGAGAAAUGUCAAAAUCAAAACUGUGUAAUGUUUGCCUUUUUAAAAAAAAGCUGUCUUAAUUGUGAUUGAUUGUGUAUCAGUAAUGCAACGUUUUCCAGUGAUUAAAGCCCCCCUCUCUGUAGCCUAUUUAACACUAGAGUCUCCCAUGACACCGUAGCCACAUGAUCUGCUUUCUCACAUUCCUAUAAUUUGUUUUUCUUUUCUCUUGCUUGUCUCACUUUUCUUGUCACUGUCUUUUAUCAGGUUAACUUACAUUUUAUGCUUUUGUUUCCCUUCCCCUCUCUGACCAGAUCUCUCCUCCUCCUCUUGCUCCCAUAUCUGUUGUGAGUGUUUCCCAUUGUAUGUCUCCUCUUCCUCAUCUUUCUGUCUACAAAUUAUUCCCUGCUUUGUUCUUUCUCUGUUGGAGCUGUUCCUUCACCCCACUCCUGUUUAUGGGUUGUUGUUUUUUAUUUUCCUGUUCUCCUUGUUUUAGGAGAAAGCUGUUGCAUAUUCUCUCACUCCUUUCUUUUUUCCCCCAACCACAUCCGCUAUACAAGGCUAUUCCUUGCCUGGGAUAGUGCAGAGCAAAGACCUGUGUAGCCCCACCUUAGUGGAGGAGGGAGAACAGAAACUGAAGACUGCAGGCACAGUUUCCAGGAGACUCUAGAGAAGCAGUCUUCAUGAAGAAAUCAUUGAUUUCUACAAGUACAUGUCUCCCAGACCGGAAGAAGAAAGAAUGCGAAUGGAAGUGGUGAACAGAAUAGAAAACGUUAUUAAGGAGCUCUGGCCGAAUGCAGAUGUGCAGAUAUUUGGAAGUUUUAAAACUGGUUUAUAUCUACCUACUAGUGAUAUUGACUUAGUUGUGUUUGGAAAAUGGGAGACUUUGCCUCUGUGGACCCUGGAAGAGGCUCUUAGAAAGCACAAUGUAGCAGAUGAAGGUUCAGUAAAGGUUCUAGACAAAGCAACUGUACCUAUUAUUAAACUGACCGAUUCCUUCACUGAAGUAAAAGUCGAUAUCAGCUUUAAUGUACAGAAUGGGGUUAAAGCAGCCCAACUCAUCAGAGAUUUUAUCAAGAAAUAUCCUGUAUUACCAUAUCUAGUUUUAGUAUUAAAACAGUUCCUGUUACAGAGGGACCUUAAUGAAGUAUUCACAGGUGGAAUUGGUUCUUAUAGUCUUUUUUUAAUGGCUGUCAGCUUCCUCCAGCUACAUCCCAGGGAAGAUGCCUGCAUCCGCAGUGCCAACUAUGGUGUCCUUUUAAUAGAAUUUUUUGAAUUAUAUGGACGUCACUUCAAUUACCUGAAGACUGGAAUCCGAAUAAAGGAUGGUGGUUCAUAUGUGGCUAAAGAUGAAGUGCAAAAGAGUAUGCUGGAUGGCUAUAGACCAUCAAUGCUAUAUAUUGAAGAUCCCCUACAGCCAGGUAAUGAUGUUGGGAGGAGUUCAUAUGGUGCCAUGCAAGUGAAACAGGCCUUUGAUUAUGCAUAUGUUGUUUUGAGCCAUGCUGUAUCACCAAUAGCUAAAUAUUAUCCCAACAAUGAAACUGAAAGUAUAUUAGGUAGAAUAAUUAGAGUAACGCAAGAAGUGGCCUCAUACAGAGAGUGGAUAUCAAAGCAUUGGGGAAUGCAGAGUAGGACUGAGUCUUCAUGCAAUGGUAAUGGAGUAACUUUGAUAGUAGAUACUCAGCAGCUAGACAAGUGUAACAAUAAUCUCUCUGAAGUUAAUGAAGCACUGGGGAAAUCUAGAAGUAAACCUUCAGAAACACUCAGUAAACAUUCUUCAAACUCUUCAUCAGGUCCAUUGUCUUCCUCAUCUUCUACAUUGUCCAGCUCUAGUGACGUAGAUUCUGACGGAACACCAUGCAAAACCUCUAAACAGUUGAGUUGCCAUCAAUCUACUACAAACAGAGUGGGGUCACAAGAAAUAGCACUGGAAUCCUCCCAGUCCAGUGGGAAAAGGCAAGGCAGCCAAACAGCUAAUUCAUCCAACAGCACAAACAAAUCUCAGCAUGGAUCAGCAAGGUUAUUUCGCUCUUCCUCCAGCAAAGGCUUCCCGGGUCCAACAAACUCAAACCAUGGUACCUCAGUGACAAACAAACAGCAUCAAGGCAGCAAAUCACAUCAGUGUUUCCAUGUCAAAAAGAGGAAACACAAGAGAGACGUGCCCCUUUCUGACCUUUGUAGAUAGUUGCCUAUUUUAUGACUGUUCUUCUGUGUGCAAUGAUCUCAUGCUACAGGAUAGUUUGAUAGUGACUCCUUGGAUCUCUUGUGGAGCUUCAGACUGUUCAGACAUUGAUUAGCAACUGCAUUUUUUUCCCAGCUCGCCACGGAAUGGAUCAUGAAGAUUGAUCACUGCAAAAAGAGGAAAAAAGGCUGAUCAUUUGAUGUCAGAUGCUACAACAGGGUCAUUUAGCAUAUAAAAUCUUGAAUGUAAAAUAAAUUUAUUUCCCAUCAGCUCAUGCUGAACUGUAGAGGUAGUAUUCAGUGUGUUUGGCAGAUUACAAACAAAACACAAAAAAAGGAAAAAAGGUGAAAAAUUGUAUUUUGAGGGAAAUCCAGCCUUUAAAGAUGAAAAAGUAAUUCAUGCAUGAUUUUUUUAUUAUUUUUGCAUAUACCAUUUUAUUGUGUGUGUGUGUGUAUAUAUAGAUGACCAUAUAGGAAAACUGACAUUUGUAAUAGUGGAUUUGUUAAUACUUUUUACAUAACAUUACUGUUUAAAUUGUAAACAGAAUUUUUCUCAGGAUUAGUUUGGAAAAUAAUCUGAAUUGUCAUUUUAACAUCUAUAUAAAGACACUACUAGUUAUAUUGCUCAGAAUUGCUUUUCCUUCACAUUGAAAUGACUUAAUAGAACAUUUAUGAUCUUCAGAAGUUGUUCCUCUAGAAAGAAAAAGGUUUAUGGUGGCAAAUGAAGUCUCGUUUGUAUAAAGUGUACAUGUACUUUUGUGUAAACACUGACCUUUCGGUCAACUUUGACAAAUAACCUUUACCUUAUUUUCUAGAGUUCCAGGGAGGUUUUCAGUUGGUCUGUCAUCCUUUUCCCACCACCCCGCCAGCAGUCUCCCAUUUUUAAAGAAGAAAAGCCACUUUGGGAUUUUUGUCCUUUUUGUUGCAGUAAAAGCCAACUCCAUUUGUUACAAAUGUUUGCAUUCCUGGGCUGCUCCAAUCCCAUGCCUUUUGUUUGUGCCUUUUUUUCCCUCAAAGUCACUUUUUUGUCUUUUUUUUUUUAAUAUAUUUUUGCUAAACUCAUGUGGGAAAGAAUAACUGUUAAAGCUAUAAGUAAAUUUUCCUAUUAAAAUAUUUUUUCUCAUUUCCCUUUAAUGCAUUUUUAUAUUGACACUAAUAAAAAUUAGUCUUCAAAUAAUAGAAAUAUAGUUUGUAUUGCCUUAAAGACCCAAACCUUUCAUAGCCUCCUAGUACUACUUCAUUGAAUUUGUUACCUUUAAUCAAAAGUUUUAAUACUGUCUGGUUCAGUUACACUUUAAAUUUUGGUUGCAAUAAAUUAAUGCCAUGAAAGCAAAUUAAAUGUAUGAUUACAUUCACAUGUAUACUUUGAAAAAGAAGUUGGGGGCACUUUAAUGAUAGACUGAUAAGUAGCAUUUACUUUAACAUUUUUUUCUUUAAAGAGGAAAGAGUUUGUGUUCAGCAUACCUGCAUGCAUUUAAUGCAGCUGUCUUGGAGAUGUUUUUAUAAAAAGUACUGUUGGCUUUUAGAACUACUUUUUUUAUAUACACAUACAAAACAUUGCAGACCAACCUGACCUUUAAUGGGCAGUGAUCAGUGCAAUGACUUUUUAAAUAAAAUAAUGCUAAAACAAGACCCAAACUAAUGUCAUCACUGAAAUAAACAUUUUCAACAACAUAUUGGUGUUUUACUUCAAAAAGGAAAAUACAUAUUCCAAAAGAUGGAAAUCCAUAACAUUUACUCAUACAAACAUUAAGAGCUUAAAAAGUGAUGUUAAUUUGACAAUGUUUUAAAUUUUAGAUUCACAUUUUUAUUCUGAUCAGAUAAUUUUUAACGAGAUGUUGUGCUUUUGUUCAUAGAAACUAGUACACGUUGUACCACAUUAUGCAUAAUCACAGUAUUUAUUUUGUUUUAGAUUAUUGUGAAUGUGUAGAUUUAUGUUCACCUUAGGGAACAAUUAUUUAUAAAUUAUAUUAAUCCAGUAUUGUUAGCUGCUAUUAGCAAAACUGUUCCAAACACUUAAUACUUGCAAAGAUCUGUAUCGCAUUUACCACACUGAAGUGUUUUUAAAAAGAAUCACCCUCAUUGUUGAAAGCAGAUGAACUCUUAGGGUGCAGAUAUUAGUGUUCCAAUAAGCAUGUGAUAAUUUUAAGGUGGUGGUAGCGGGAAGAUAAUCUUGAUUCCGUUGGGAAUUUUAGGAUUGCCUCAAUUUAUGGUUUUCAUAAAUUUAAUGGAAAAUAGCUUUUCCAGGACUGCAAGUUUCUUUUUGGUAAACAGUAUCUUUCUAAAAGAGAAAAGAAGCAUGAAGGAAAAAUUGAGGUGUAUUUUACAUUGCCUCAGAUGACCAGCAUUGUAUUCAUAAAAUACUGUAUAUCUUGCAAAUCUUUAUUUAAACAGAACAGUUGAACUGUUCAUUUUUCAAUCUGAAGUAAAAUACUUUCAAGACCUUUUAGUUUGCCUGCUCAUUUGUCUUGUAUAUUUCAUCUCUGUAUUUGAUUCAAGUCUAGUUCCUUUUUGAGUUUCAGUACUUUUGUGAAGAUUUUGUGACUAUAUGAAAAAAUAAAUGUUUAAUCUAAAUA